GAUCAAAGCCACAGAGUGAACACAUUCUGAAACUUCAGCUCCUCAGUCUAAUCAAUCAUUUACAACUGAGCUUCGUGUACAGAGCCCAGAAAAACAAGCGGUGGUUAACACAGUCGUUAAGAGAGAAGAAAAAUGAGCUGCAUCGAGGAAACGGUCCCUUCUGAGAAGUUCUUUGACAAUCUGGGCAUGGACGUCAGCCAAGAACAAGCAGAUAUAUCUGACCAAGAAAUCAAAGUGGACUUGGAUGCAGUCAUUCAACAACUGGAAGGAAUAGAUCUCCAACUGCAAAGGUACGCUAGACAAUAUGAGAAAAAACAACUAGCAGAGCUCCAUGAAAAUAGCCAAACUCAAAAAGAAUUGGAUGCAAUGUCCAACGCUAUGCAAGUGGCGAAAGAAGCCAUUUUGAACGCCAAUGAAGCUUUGGAAAAAGAACGCCAGGAGCUACACAAUAUGACACAUGAUAAAUCCUUUGAUGAGAACUAUGAUAAAGUCAAAGCAGAGCUCUUAGCAGCAAGCCAGCAAAACGAGGCGUUGAGACAAGAAAUUCAGGAGCUCAGGAGAAGACCCCAAAAUGAACCAUCUUUGGAGGAAUUGUGUAAUGUCAUUAAGGAGGAAACAGAGGCCAUGAGGCUCCAAAAUUACAGCAUACAAGAGGAAAUCCAGGAGCUCAAAGAAAAGCGUAGAAAUUUAACUGCUCUGGAUGAAACGUAUGACACACUGAAAGCAGAGAAAGAGGCGAUAAGCCAGCAAAAUGACGACCUGAGACAAGAGAUUCGGGAGAUAUCCAAAGAUCUCCGAUAUGAAAAGGCUCUGCGGGAAAUGAAUGAGCAAAUGGAAGUUUCAACAGUGACCAUCAGCCAGCAGAACGCAGCACUGAAAGAACAACGCCAGAAGCUCUACAAAGAUUAUGAAGAUCAAAAGAUUUUCGGUGUCAUGUGUAGGGAGAAGUUGCACAACAUGGGAUUUAUGUGCAGAGAAAAUGAAGACAUCCAAAUAGACAUUGAGGACCUUACCAGUAGGAUCCAGAACAGAAAAGCCAUGAAAGACAAAUAUAAAGCCCUGAAAGCAGAAGAAAAAGUUGUCUCUGCAAAACAAAAUGAGCUUCUUAAAACACUUGCAACGCUCCACUCAAAGUUUCGAGGUAUGAAAGAAUAUGAAGGCAAGUGUGGUCCGCUGAGAGAGGAGAUAGGAGCCUUAAGACAACGCAACGAUGAACUCCAUCAAGAAAUCCAACAGUGCAGUGAGGAGAUAGAAAACAAAACUGUUACAAAGGCAAUUUAUGACUCGCUGAAAGGAGAGAAAAAGAAUCUAACGCACAGAAAUAAAAUCCUGAAAAAAGAAAUUCAGGAGGUGGAGAAAAGGCUUGUAAAGGAACAAGCUUUGGUAGACAGGAAUGAUGUCAUGAAAGAAGAAAACGAAGCCUUGAUCCAACAAAACCACACAUUACAGCUGGAGGUUGAAGAGCUCUACGGCAGACUGCAAAGUGAAAAAAUACUGGAGGUCCUGUACAAAUCGCUGACAACGGAAAAAGAUGCCACGAGUCGAAGAAAUGAUGUCCUUCGACGAGAGGUCCAGAAGCUCAAAGAAAAGCUGAACAGUGAAAGAGCUUUAGAAAGUGCACGCAAUGCAAUGAAGGCUGAGAAACAGAACGUCGACCGAGAGCACGCAGCACUGCAGCAAGAAAUUCAAGACCUGAACAGCUCCUGAAGAGCUAUAUGGAAAGCUGACAAACAUUGUUUUUGCUUUCCAAGGGAAAAAAGGGUAUGGAUUUAACUUCAGCCUCACACAAAAAGGUGCUGGU